CGCGGCUCCGGCCACGCCGAGCGCUUGAUGGACGUCCGGAGCGAGACAGAGCGGCCAAUGGGCGGCGGAAGCCCGGGGCGCGGAGGGGGGCGGGCUUAGAACGCUCCCCGGGAGGGAAGCGAGGGCGCGCGCGAGAGUGGUUGUUGCGCGCGCGCGCGCGGGCGUGUCUCGCUUUCCCGGGGGGGCCCUUCCGCUGCUGGUGUCACGCGCGCAGGUGAGAAGCAAAGAUGGGGUUUGCUGAGGACAAGGUUUAUGAGUACAUUAGGGAAAACAUGCACGACUUCCAUCGCAUCCGGGUGCGCCAGCUGAUUCACCAUCUGCCAUGUCUCUCUGAUGCAGACAGGGAAGAGAUCGAAGCCCACGACGACAGGAAAGGGAACGAGCACGCCGUGUGGCAGCUCUUCUACUACCUGAAAUGCAGGAAUGGCUGGGUGAAGGAGCUCAUUGAGGCGCUCAGGAAAAACAGGCACUAUGAUCUCGCAGACAGGGUUCAGUGCAAGUACGAUGCUCACCAAGUCGGUCCUCGGAACAAGGCAUCACUUCCUGCUGUGAAUAACUCUCUGCCCAGCUGCAAGUCGGUUUGCUCUCGGAUGCCUCCACCGGCAGCUAAUCCUGAUCCUCAGCGCGCUGGCCCCACCUUUGAGAACAAUCCCCACACGCCUUCAUUGCCUAGGCAGCCAGCAAGUCUCCCAGGGCCUGACACACCCCUGCUUCUCCAGACGAAUCCAUCUGGAGUGGAAAGCUACCAAGACCUGGGGGAAUACAAUACUCCUGUGCAAGAAAUGGAGCCAGUGGCAAAGCAAAAGGUUGCAGAAGAUGCCCUGACCCCGUGGAGGGAAGCUCCGAGUCCCCAACCCACUGGGAACGCAGCACUAGCUGAUCUCAGGGCAUCCCAGGAAGGCAGUAACCAUGGAGAUGGUCUGUCCUCAGCAGCAGUCCAGUUACCUCCUGGAUCACCAGUGGGACACCUGCUGGGUUGUGGGGGUGUGCCCAGAGGAGAGGUGGAAGUGGCUCAGCCAGGCAGACCAGUAUUUGACCCAAGCGGACAGGGGCAGGACUGGGCCGGCCGCCAGCAGCAUCCGGUCUGUGUGAAUGAUGGGUAUUUUGGGAACAUGAAUCACCUGAACAUUGGGAACAGCAGAAAGGCAUCCAUGCCUGGAGAGCCUGUUCAGAGAGGUGAGCCGGCCGCCGCUCCUAGCCCAGAGGAUUUCAAGAACCAGCCAGAAGAGGUUUACUAUUCUUCUUUUGAGCGCUCUCCACUGGCUGCCAGUGCCAACAGAGCUGUCCCCGGACAUGGGCAGCAGGCUGGAGAUUCGCUCCGGGAACAGAAGAUUCAGGCUUUGCAGGGUUACGAGAAUGGGAACCUGACGAGCAGCAUGGUGGAUGUUCAUAACCCUGUCCUCCUGCAGACCCAGUUUGAUGCAGAGCAGAAACGUGCCCAGGGGCAGAGAGAAGACCAUGGUGGAGAGAGGGAUGCGUUUCCUCUACACCAAAUCAGAGAUUCCGCACAAAGCACACACAGUUAUGGUGAGUUGGGAGCCAUCAAAGGAAGGGCUGACUCUAGCCCUGCAAUCGGAUCAGCGCCCGCCUCUCAGACGACGAGCACCAUCCCCACGGACCUCAGUGAGGAUGCGACUGCUCAUGAUUUGGGAGCAUUAGAUCUUGGCACAACACGCUUGGCCAGCUCCUCUGAAAAACUGGCUUCAGGCCCCUCUGCUGGACCUUCCCAGGGGAUCCCUGAGCAGAACUCAGGUAGCAGCAUCAAUUCCCACCGGGGUGGGUGGUCGGGCGGGUGCCUAGCAGAUACCCCGGGCGUUGCCAGUGUACCAGCAAACAGCAGGAAUCCUCAAAGCAAAGUCCAGAUCCUAGCUUCUGCAGCUCACAUGCUACGCCCAGCUUCAACUCCUGGACCCAGCAACGUUCUUCCAACCAGUUCCCCCCUCCAUCCCAGUACGACUAGCAUUGAGAGAGUUCUCAAACUCUCCAAUGCCAAGCCUGCUGUGGAAUUCCCUGACCCUAGUGGCUUCUCCUCUACUGCGGUGAUUCCGCCUAGUUCACCUGCAUUGCCCUCUGACCCGUCAGAGCCAGCGUUCAACAUCGACCUGGAUGAGCUGAAAUCUCCCGUCCAAGAGUGCAAACUGCCAACGAGAGACACAGACAGCAGCAGCACCUCCAAGCCAAAGGAGAACGCAAAUCAAGCUCCAAAGCCCCCUGCUCCGAGUGUGACCCAAACCAGUCCAGGGUUCCCUGGGAGCACAGUUCGUACCACCGCAAGGGAGGCAGGGUGGAAGAUCCAAAAUGCCUUGCCAGGCUCCCCUGGGGGCUGCCAAGUGUUCUGCAGUGAGCCGGAUGAAGAGGUGGAGCUCAGCAAGCCAGGUGUGCUAACCUCCACCGGAGGUGUGGAGGAGCCAGCCCAGAGGCAGCCGGAGUCACCCGAGACAAAUGUCCAAUAUUCUGGGAGGUCCAACCGCUUCUUCCUCAGCAGCGAGUGCUCUCUGGGCAGCAAUCCCCUAAUGAUAAGCGAAUCCAGCAGUGCCUGCCCCAGCUCCAGCAGAGCCCAGAGGAAUCAGCCUGAAGAGAAUCACUACUCCUCUCAGUCUGACCACCCCCUCCCAUCUUGGGCUACCAGCAAUGGCCCAAGAAGAGUCGAGGCUACCAAAACCAGCAGAGCCUCCCUUCUGCCAGAGAGCAGCAGCACCUGGGACAGCACAGCUGUGGGAACUCACGAAGUCCAUGUGGUUGAGUAUCCUGGCGCUGAUCUGGGGGAGGCUCCCAGCCUGAGGGAUGUAGCCAGUGUCUAUGAGAACCCAUCUCCAGCCAGCUCUGGCUGGGACAGCGCAGCUGUGGGAACUCACGAAGUCCAUGUGGUUGAGUAUCCUGGCGCUGAUCUGGGGGAGGCUCCCAGCCUGAGGGAUGUAGCCAGUGUCUAUGAGAACCCAUCUCCAGCCAGCUCUGGCUCGAACAUUAAGAGGCCAAAGCGAGACAGUGAUGGGACAUCCUUCCCCUUGAAGGACUAUAUACUGCCAGCUGCCAUUGCUGCAUUCACUUCUGUUGUGGCUUUCCUGUUCUAUAAGCAUCUGCGGAAUUAGGAGUUGAGCAGGGUGGAGAGGUAGAACAUCACUUUGUUCAGCCACAAAGUCAACUGUAAACUUCAUGCUUAGCUUUCUCUUGCAUAGGAAUUUUAACUGGCAUAUUUGAACGCACUAUUCAAUCUUUUUUGGAAAUGAGGCCUCAGAUGCCUGACCCCCUUGUGCUCUUCUCCAUCCUUGUUGUCACCAGUUGCCUUCUCAUAUACUUUCCUUCUCCUGCUGCACCUCAACCCACCAUGCAAGCCGUCGCUGAUGGACCCUUAUCUGAGACAGUAAAAUUUGCAACCCCUUCUGCAGAUGCUCAUUAUCCACACCUGUCUGUGGGCCAGUGCAGUGGAAGGGGGUACCAAAGAGACAGGUGGAGGCUUUCUACAAGAGAGAGCUUGUUGUCCUGUGAAUCUCAGGAUUCCUACUGCCAGCUCUGAGAGAAGGAGAUUCCUUGCAGAAUCUGAAGUGUAUGAACAUCAAGAAAAUGCAGCUGGCCUCUGCUGCUAGGUUUUGCCCAACUUUAAAAUGCUGGUGCAUGGAGAGGGGCUGGGCACUAGCUCCUGUGCAGGUACCUGACCAAGGAUACUACCUUGAACUCAAACAUGGUCCAUUGAGGGCUCUUCUGGCUUUCUCCUCCAGCCAUGCCUCGUGAUUGGGUCUGUGUUCACUCUCCCCUUCCUUCUUGCCAUGUGUUUGUGUAUGACUGACUGGGUCCACAAUUCAGGAUCCUCUGCUCUCGCUGAGUUGAAUGGCUGUGCUGCUGGUACAACGAUUCACUCAUGGAGGGCUAGCAUGAGGCCUAUUUGCCAGUCAAAUCCCACUGGCAACUAGGCCCUUUGCACUGGGGUGAAUUUCACCCUUAGCUUACACCUCACCGGCUUGAAUUCAGACCAGAUCAGUAACUUGGUUGUUAACAUCUAAUGCCUUUUCAGUGCCCUGUGUGAAAUGAGCAGGGUCUGAAAAUCUGCUCAGCAGGUAACCAAGUUACAAAAAUCCCACAGCUGGUCCCACUGGUGGCAGUCCCAGCUGAGAGGCCCAGGUUUAAAAUGGAUCAUGGAGGUUAAACUACCAUUCUGUAUGCCUGCAGGGGGGUCCCUCCAGCUUUGAGGCAGUGUGGGGAAGUUUGCACUGCAGCUUCCAUGCUGUAUCUGCUCUGUGACUAAGUAGAGAGGUCAAAUAGACUGUCACCUUUCACUAGCACGAAAUUCUCUUCCCAUGCCUGCAGGGGACACCACUAAUCUUGUGGUUUCCUUCUCCCCUUAGCAUACAUUUCCCAUACCUGUCAUGCUGCAUAGCCUUAGUCAGAGCCUGGGAUUACAUGCAAAGGCAGGUGUUGCCUGUUGCAGUCCUAGGCCUCCAAAUUGUCUGGGCAUAAUUUUACUGUAGAAUCAGACUUUAAGUGGAAAUGGGCGGGUGGGAAUUAAGUAGUUUGAGAGAACUCAGCCACCAUCAUGGUGAUGGUAAUGUAUGUAACUGGGUCUGUAGGUCAGUUGAAGCAACUGUCCUGCAGGAUUCAAGGAACAGAGAAUAUCCCUCCAGCUUCACUGCUCCAGCGAGCAUGAGGUUUACUCCUUUUCCUGUCGCAUUGUCUCAGUGGUUUUGCUAAUGAGUAGGGCCACGAUUUUGGCAAGGGUAUUUUAUUGAAAGUCACAGGCAGGAUGUGGGAAAUAAACAAUAAACCGUGGAUAUGUAUACAGGGCCAGCGUUAAGGGGCAGCACACAGGGCAAUUGCCCGGAGCCCCGCAAAGCUAAGUUACAGGCGGUGGGGCUCGGGCUUUGGCUUCAGUGGAAUUUUGAGGAAAUUGCAGAGGUCUUGUAAAAAUCACAGAAUCCAUGAUUGACUCAAAGCCUUACUAAUGAGAAAUCAGAACGGACAGCUAUGGUAGAGUGGCCAUUUAUGUAAAACUCUCCAGGUGUCAAUUCUGCAACUGCCCAGGACCCGACAGUGUUUCCUGUUCCUUGCCCCACAUGCCCCGGCAGGGCUGAAGCCUGGGGCCCUGAGCCCCGCCACCCACAGUUGAAGUCGAAUUCUGAGCAACUUCGCUUUGUGGGGGCCCCCGUAUGUGGGGCACUGGGCAGUUGUCCUGCUUGCCACCCCCUAAUGCUGGCCCUGGCUUUUAUAUGCAGAAAAACCAUUGCUGUGGCACAGGUGGGUUGUGGAAUUUUUAUAGCGGGGGGCUCAAAGAAAAAGGUUGAAAACUUCUGCCCUAUUUCAUCCCAAAAUACAACGUGCUUCUAAACGGUGUGUCCAGCAUGAGGCUUUGCAGUGGGACUAGAGAGAGGCUGGUCCCAAAAUGGUCUUCACAGCUAACUAACUAUGUACCUUGUGAGGCAGAGCCUCUUCCACUCCUUAAUUGAACCUGUUCAACCCUUAAAUAAUCCAGCAGUAAAACAGAAGAUCAGAUUGGUUCUCUGCCAGGUGAAUGCAGUAAGAACUGUGUAGCACUUAAGAUCACAUCAGUUCCUGUGAGGUUAACAUUUUCUAGUUGGAGCCAAAAGAUGCAAGGGGUAUAAGGGCAGAAAAAAAAUGUGCAACAAAAACCACAACUUUGUAGUCAUUGAUGAAUGGAUGAAAAAUUGAAAUGCUUAAAUGAUUUUCCCCUUCUCCCCCAUUCCUAUGCUCAACUGGCUGGACUUUACAGUGUAGGAAUUUGCAGGCCAAUAGUCCUUUUUGCUGCAAAAAAAAAACAAACCCACAGACAGUCCACCAAGUUGUUAGCAUUUCUGAAGAGUCUGUUCUGCAUUUACACAGUGGAAGUUUUCCUCCCAUUUGGCAGUUUUCCUCCCAUUUGGCAGUUUACACUCCUAACUGAGGCUAGUACAGUCCAGUAGUUAAUUUAUGUGCAGCUAGCUUUCAGCUGAUAGAACUUACUCCAAAGACAGCUUCCAGUCCAGAACCUGCUUCUGGGCCUGAACCUGCAUGGUGCUGAGCACCUUCAUCUCUCAGUGACUUCCAUGAGAGUUGAAGGUACUAUACUCAGCACCACACAGGAUCAGGCUCUGAGGCAGUUUCUGGGUUGGUAGCCGUCUAUGGAGUAAGUUCCGUCCACUGAAAGCUAGCUGCAUGCAAUUCCAGGAUUGUAUUAGCCUCAGUUAGGAGGGUGAACUCUGCAGAGUGGGAGAAAAAAAUCUGUUGUGUGAGCACAUAACAGGCUUUAAAAAACAAAAACAAAAAAUCUUGCAGGUUGGUUUUAAUUUUUUCCUCAACAAGCCAGCAGCGAGGGGAGCAAUUCAGUACAUAAAAUCUAUGUGCUUGGAGAUGGAGGAGGUAACCUGUUCCCAAACCUAGAAUAGGAACUCCUGAGCUCUAAUCCCAUCUGUGACAAUGACUCCCCUUUGGCCAUGGACAAGUCACUUAACCUCCCUGCCUCAGUAUCCCUAUCUUGAUAAUGGGUAUAUUUACUUGCCCAUCUCACAGGGUGGAGGAGGAUUAAUCCAUGGGCCAAAUUCUAUGAAUGGAGUUUGGGGAGGGAGUUUAAGUCUCUCAGAAUGUGGCCUACUGUCUGAAAGACAACAGUCCCAGUGUAAGCAUUAAGCAUAUCUGGGCAUGAAACAAACAGUUUUAUGCCAUGUUUAUGAGUCUUGUUUGUUACAAGCCCUGUCCUAGCAGAGUUCAUAAACCCUGUAACAUUAUGAAAACAGGUUUUUAUAAUGGGAAGUGUCAGGCAACUGUAACUCCAACAACCUCUGCAAGUGCAAGACUUGUGUAGCAGAAGGUGCCCUGAGUUUUAGAAGCCACCUUUAGCUUUUUCCUUUUCUCCCCCUCAGAGAAAAAGAGGGAAACGUAAAAUAUAAAUGUGCCCAGUUGAAGUUAGAAAUCCUAGUCUACAGUUUUUAAUGGACCCUACAGGAGUUAACAUCAAUCCCCAUGAGACUUGAGGAGAGUUGGGCUCCUAAGUUUAAACACUCGAAAGAUAAGGGGUACAAUUUUCAAACCUGUCUCAGGGCAGGUCUGCUCUGGAGCUGGGAAGUGUCACUGAGCGUACUUCUACACUGCAGCUGGAGGUGUACUUUCCAGCACAGGCGGAUAUGCAUGUACUAGCUCCGAGCAAGCUAGCAUGCAUAGCCACAGCAGCACGGGCGGGCCACUCAAGUGUAAUCCUAUCUGAGACCAUAGGUACAUACCUGGGUGGCUAGCCCCUACCCCCUGGCCACGCUGCUGUUUUUAGCAUGCUGGCUCGAUCAAAGCUAGCACAGGUACAUCUACCCAAGCCGGAAAGCACACCACCAGCUGCGGUGUAGAUGUACCCUCUGAUUUAGGCGCCCAACUCCCAUUUGCUUUCAAUAGCAAUGUCACAAAGGGUACUGACCCCAGAGCACCCUGGCACAUACGCAGUGUUGCCAGUGUCAAAAGAUCAAAAUGCAUGAGUCGGACCCCCACCCAAAUCAUGAGAUUUUUUUUUUUAAAAAAAUCUUCACCCCCUAUAUUGCAAAUUUUGGGGGGUCUCUUGAUUUUUUUUGAUCUCCCCCACCCAUCCCCAGUGUGUGCGUGUGACAACUAGCCUUGCCCCCUCUCCCAAAUUUAUUGGGCAUGGUGAUUUUGGGCCCCGCUGCGGGAGCGCUUAGCCCCAUAUCUGCCCGUCCCCUGCCCAGCAGCUAAUUCUGCCUGCCACUCCCAUCAGCUCAGCCCCCUGCUCCAUCAGUUCACUUACCCUGCCUCACCUCUGCUCCUCCUGAGCACUUUACCCCCCUCCUGCUCCUGCAGGGGAGUCCACACUCCACCUUCCCAGGCUGGGGGAGGAGCAGCCCCAGGGGGUCUUCAUGCCCCUUCCCAGGUUGGGUGCUGCAGGGAGGGAGGGGAGGAGCAGAGGACCCAUCCCAAGGAGGACUGGAGCUGCACUGUUCUGCUGGGUUCUUUAGCUCCUUCCUCCCCUCCCGUGAGAGUGGCUUUGAGUUGCAAUGAUACUCAGACCUCAGUGGUUCAGCAGCCAAAUUAGCGACCAGCAUUACCCAAAAGAGCCACAGUCGUGUGAAUUCAUGGUUUCAUUUACUAUAGUACUAGAGAUUCAUAUUUACACAGUAU